CUUGUGUCAGUUCAGUUACGACGAAAAACACGUCUGUCACUAAUUUAGGGGAACCUGUCCCGCAAAAAAUGUAGAGAGAUGAUGUCGCGUGUAGUCCUGUGUCUGUUUGUCAUUGUGGAAUUUACUGUUCGGGUUCUUGGAAGCUCGGGAUUUACAGACCCUCCACAUUCAACGUGUAACGCCUCUGCAGUGUUUAACUGUGAAAUGGGGAAAGCAGGCGUUCAUUACGAAAAGUCCAUUGACGCGUGCAAUCUAUAUGAAUACUGGGGGAACUGUUUGAAAUCCCAUGAGAGAGAUUGCAGAGGAGACAGUUAUUAUGAAGAACGGGUGUACAGCCACCGGUUUGACGGGGCGUAUUACUGCCCUUGGCUAUUUUCAGAUGACCAGCCGGCUCCUAGCUGCGACAAAAGGGCGCUGUAUCAAUGUAGAUUACGUAAUAACUACGGGCACAGUAGCAAGACGAACAAGUGCCCAUUUCUCAUUGAGCAAAGGGACUGUCUUGAAUCUUUUCGAAAUUCCUGCUCAGAAUACAACAAAUAUUCCGAGCUGAUGCACAACUGGAAAUACACGGUGCAUCUAGACUGCCCUGAACUUCAAGGAUGCAAUAGAACGCUCUAUCAGUCAUGCUGGGACAAAGUAGAUUUUACAAAAGUGGACUUUUACGACCCCUCCUCAUUCCACUUGCUCUGUGGCGACAAUCUGGACGACACGUUACCGUGUAUCAUUGACCAAACAGAACGAUGCAAAUACCAGGAGGAAGCCUUGCUGAGUAAACACCAGUGGAACUUUCAGAUGCUGGUUUAUUCCUGCUAUGGAACCUCAGAAUGCAAUCUUGUGAAAUUAAAUGAAUGUGCCCUUGAAAACUAUUCUGAGAAUGUUUGGUUGAUGACCGUACCGGCUCCAGCCCAGACAAGAGCGAUAUGCAGAAAAUCCCAAGCUUACAUGAAGUGUGUAGCACCUUUCCGAAAAGACUGUCUCCAGCACAAAUCGCAGCUGCAGUCAGUCGGUCACGUGUCGCUGUCUGCCGUGGUCGAUAGGAUGGAGACACUGUACAGAUAUCUCUCCCUGAUAUGCAUCGAGAAACACGAUGAUAUUAUGAACUUCGGCGCAGGCUGUUACGACACCCAGACGACAGGGUUUGGACUCUUUGUUUGUGAAUCUGACCAAACACCAAUGAAUCAGUACGCCCAAGACCAACAAAGAUGUCUGUCUCUGCAGAACCAGACUACAUGUAUCCGAAACGCUUUGUCGGAGAACGAGGCAUGUGUUGAAGAGUCUAUAGAAACAGCCCAGCACGUGGCAGCCGCGUGGGAGCAGUUUCUGUUGUCGUUACAUCACGGGUUUACGUGCGAUGGUUCUGAGCCAGUACGAAUCACGACAAGAAAACCAACUACAGACAGGGGAUCGACACGCGAAGUACUCGCUGACGUCAGUGGAUCAAAUGAUAUUUUAGGAGCACAUUGGAUAAUGUGUUUCACAGCGUCUAUCACUUUGAGACAUUUUGUUCUUCAUUUUUAAACUCAUCUUAAAUGUACAUGUAACAUAUUCGUUUUAAACCAAAGAAUGGAGUCUCAACACUUCAUGCUGACUAAACAUUUCCAUUGCAAUCAUUAUAGUAUUUGAUAACGAUAGAGUGCGAUUUCUCAAGUCCCAUAUCAAUGAUCAUUGAACAGUUUCCUGCGCGGAUCUUCAAGUGAUAUUGUAAAGAUUUUAUGAAUAUGUUUGAGAUUAAAACAUCUGUACUGGUUGUUGGCCUUCACACCAGGAGAUAGUAAACA